AGAAAAAUUUUCGCUACCGCCGAAACUUCCGUCUAUUGCACCGUCAAAAUAAAGGGUUUAAUCGACGGCCUAUCUGCUCAAGGACUUAACUUUACUGUUCAUUUGUGCUCUGUCUUCGUUUAAUCGAUUACUUCCCAGAAAGAUGGAAGCCAACAAUUCUCCAUUCAAGAUAAUCUUGGGAUCAUCUUCAGUGGCACGUCGGAAAAUUUUAGCUGAGAUGGGAUAUGAAUUCACACUCAUGACAGCAGACAUAGAUGAGAAAAGUAUCCGGACGGAGAAACCAGAAGAGUUGGUUAUGGCUAUUGCAGAGGCAAAGGCUGAUGCCAUCAUAUCAAAGCUUCAUGCUACUGAUAGGCAAGAGAAGGAUGUCAAACCAACACUUUUAGUUGCAGCUGACACAGCAGAAGCCAUCAUUCCAAAGUUCCCCACCGGUGAUUACAGGAAGGAUGCUGAGCCAACUGUCUUAAUUACCUGUGACCAAGUGGUGGUAUAUGAAGAUACGAUCAGGGAAAAACCGUCCAACGAGGAAGAAGCACGCCAAUUCAUCAAAGGUUAUUCUGGUCGGCACGCAGCAACAGUUAGUUCUGUUCUUGUUACAAACCUAAAGACAGGGAUCAGAAAAGGAGGGUGUGACAAAGUGGAGAUUUUCUUUCAUGACAUACCGGAUCAUAUAGUUGAUAACCUGAUUGAGGAGGGGAUGGUGCUGAAUGUUGCUGGGGGGUUGAUAAUAGAACAUCCUCUGAUAUUACCCUAUGUUAAACAAGUGGUAGGGACAACUGAUAGCGUUAUGGGACUUCCCAAAGCUCUUACAGAAAGACUGAUAAAGGAGGCACUCUAGUUUUAACUUGGAAUGAUGGAUGAACACCCACACUUGUGACGUAUCCAUGCGGUCUAUUUUUACUGUCCCAAUCUAUACAUUAUAAAUUAUUCUACUUUUGAUAAAUUUAUUAACAGUCGUACGGAUAUCAUUUAUUUUUCCUCUUCUUAGUUAUACAAUGUGUCUUUUACUUAUUUUGGCAAA